CUUUUCAGUUAAAAUUCAGAGUAUUUUCAAUGUCUUCCUCUCUUGGAACUCACCUACAUAAGAUCAGCAGGCUGGAAUCCAACAACAAGCAGCAGCAGCAGCAGCCAAGAAGAUGGAGCUCAGAGCUUUGCAUGCCGCCCUGCUUCAAGGCUGCAGCGCCAGCAGCCUAUCUAUCCUUAGCACCAUUGAAGAGAAGCAAACUUGCCAAAAUUCAAACCUCGAUUUCACCCAAGUCUCAAGCAAAAAAAAAAAAAAACUCUAAUUUCUCCGAGCUUUCGUAAUCUCUCAAAAUCAAGCUACAGCGCGAAAAUUCCCCGACGAAAAUUGAGUAAAAAUCCCUUUUCCUCCCUCGGAUUUUACCCCAAAUCCAAUUCAUGGAAGCGGCAGCAUAUCCAACUCAUAUUCUUUGCAAAUCCAUCCAAAAUCCAGGAAUCUACCGUCGGCUCAUUCUCUCCUCCACGAUUCGGCUUUUUCCCUCUUCACUUGCAAGAAAAGAUCCCACCUUCUUGUCUCAUUCACCAUGGUUGAUUAUCCAAAGCUGAUGUUUUUAAUCGCUUUCGAGCUUUCUUUGUCGCCCCCAAUUAUUUUUUUUUUCUAGGGAUAUUCUCGCCGAGGAUGAUAUUGGUACCUUUAUCGCCUGGUUUAGAAUAUGCUGUAUCUGGACAUCCCAUGUUGGAAGUUCACUGUGUAUUGCCUCUGCUUUGUCUUGCCCCGUUGGACUCGAUGGCGUUGCAGACUCUUAAAUUUGGUGUUGAAAUCAGCAAUGGAUGCUGUGGAGGAGUGGUUGGAAGAGAGGAGUUGGUAGUGCCGAGCCAUUUGGCAUCAAAUCCUUGUUCAUAUAAUUUGGUUCUGUUGCUUGAGGCCUUUACACGAGGAAGAUGAGGACAAACAAACAGAUAGAAGAUCAAUUCUUAAAAUUGCAUCCUUGCUUGCCUAUAGAAACAAGAAUUGCAAUUAUUGGAGCCGGCCCUAGUGGUCUAUCUGCUGCUUAUGCACUGGCUAAGUUGGGCUACCUCAAUGUAACAAUAUUUGAAAAAUAUCAUGCGGUGGCGGGAAUGUGUGAAUCUGUUGAUAUUGAAGGUAGAAUCUAUGAUCUGGGAGGCCAAGUUACUGCUGCGAACAGUGCCCCUACAAUAUCUUACUUGGCAGAAGAACUAGGAAUUGAGUUUGAAGAGAUGGGUUCACAUAAACUGGCUCUUAUUGACAGCCAAACUGGAACUUAUCAAAACAUGGAAGUGGCAGAUGAUUAUGUAUCUAUUAUGCCUCUGACCUUAAAACUGCAGGACGAGGCAAGUAAGUCUGGUUGUAUUGGAGUUCAUGCGGUAAGUGAGGCUGCGUCUGAUCCAACUCUUGACUUCCUCAAGUUACAUGGUCUCCCCUUUGUGCCAAAGUCAGUAGCAUACGGAUAUACAUCUUCUGGCUAUGGGUUUGUCCAAGACAUGCCAUAUGCUUAUGUUCAAGAAUUCACUCGAACUUCCAUGGCUGGAAAAAUUAGGCGCAUUAAAGGAGGGUACAAGAGCAUGUGGCAAAAGCUUAGUGAUUCAUUACCAUAUGAAGUCCUUUGCAACACAGAGGUCUUAAAAAUAGGCCGUAAUGAUAAUGGUGCCAAUGUAACUAUACAGAAUACUGCUGGUGAACAGAAAGUAUUGGAGUUUGAUAAAAUUAUUAUUUCAGGAGCUCUUCCUUUCAAGAAUGGAAGAAUAUACAGGGGACCUGAAACCAUAGCCACUUUGGAAAGUGAGGUGCUGGAAUUGAAUGAUCUCGAGAGGGAAUUAUUUGGUGUGGUGCGGACCAUAGAUUAUUACACUACUGUUUUGAAGAUUAAAGGAUUGAGACAUUUGCCUAUUGGUUUUUAUUACUUUGCGGAGUUCCUCGAGGAUCCUGCUACAAUUGGGCAUCCAGUGGCAAUGCAAAGGUUCUAUGAAGAUACUGAUAUUUUCCUUUUCUGGUCUUAUGGGAACUCUGGGCACAUCAGAGGUACAACAGUGGCAAAGAAUGUUGUUGAUGUUGUGAAGACUAUGGGGGGAAUUGUUGAGAAAGUUGUCUUGCAAAGAAGAUUUAAAUACUUCCCUCAUGUUAAUAGUGAAGUUGUGAAGAGUGGAUUCUAUGAAAAGUUGGAGUGUGAACUUCAAGGCUUUCAAAAUACCUACUAUGUUGGAGGGCUCAUGGCUUUUGAGCUAACUGAAAGGAAUUCAUCUUAUGCAAUGGCAAUGGUCUGCAAACACUUUACAACUGAUAAUUCUAUGCCGAUUUUUCCAUAUGUGAAGGGGCUGUUUCCGCUUGUAUCCAGCCAGAAGGCUCAAUUUCACAGAGAACUUGGUGAACUUCCAGGGAUAGAGUUCCCGGAACUUCCAACCCUUGACAGUUAUUUAAAGUUCUGGGGAACUCAUAGCAUCACAGAAAACAAAAUGUUGUACUCUUGGAUUAAUGAAGAAGGUCAGGUUGUCAGCCAGAGAUCUUAUUGUGAACUUUAUGCUAAUGCAUCUGUUGUUGCACAUAACCUGAUAGCAUGCACGAAACCUGCUUUGAAGCCUGGAGAUCGGGUUCUUCUCGUUCAUCCCCCUGGUUUGGAGUUUAUUGAUGCCUUCUUUGGUUGUAUGAGAGCCAAACUCAUACCUGUUCCAGUUUUGCCUCCUGAUCCAUUUCAGAGAGGAGGACAAGCACUCCUAAAGAUUGAAAAUAUUUCCAAGGCAUGCAAUGCUGUGGCAAUAUUAUCCACAUCUUCUUACCAUGCUGCUGUUCGAACUGGCUUUGUGAAACAAUGGGUGACAUUCUCAAAAAGCACUCCAAAUUCCUCUGCUCGUUGGCCUGACCUUCCAUGGAUACACACAGAUUCAUGGGUCAAGAACUGUAAUCUGUUGGACUUCUCUGGAAGGGAUGUUGUCUACGGUGAAUUAAAGCCAGAUGAUCUAUGUUUUCUGCAAUUCACAUCAGGUUCAACUGGUGACGCAAAGGGGGUGAUGAUAACUCAUGACGGGCUUAUUCACAACAUCAAAACAAUGCGUAAGAGAUACAAGAGCACAUCAAACACUAUAUUAGUUAGUUGGCUUCCUCAAUAUCAUGAUAUGGGACUAAUUGGUGGUCUUUUUACGGCUCUGGUCAGUGGUGGAACUGCUAUUCUAUUCUCCCCAAUGACAUUCAUUAAGAACCCACUCUUAUGGCUUCAAACUAUGUCCAAAUACAAGGCAACUCAUAGUGCAGGCCCUAACUUUGCAUUUGAGCUUGUAAUUAGAAGGCUGGAAGCAAACAAGAAUAGUGCUCAAGCUUUCGACCUUUCCUCCAUGAUCUUUCUUAUGGUCGCUGCAGAACCGGUAAGGCAGAAAACAAUAAAGAGGUUUAUUGAGCUGUGCCAUCCUUUUGGUCUUUCACAAGAGGUAAUGGCUCCUGGUUAUGGUCUAGCUGAGAAUUGUGUUUUCGUUAGUUGUGCAUUUGGAGAAGGCAAGCCAGUGUUUGUAGACUGGCAAGGCCGCAUUUGUUGCGGCUAUGUGGAUUCUAAUGAUGCAGAUGUCAAGAUUCAUAUAGUAGAUCCUGAAACUGGCAGAGAGCACACAGAGGAAGGGAAGGAGGGUGAGAUAUGGAUCAGCAGUUCCAGUGCUGGGAUUGGAUAUUGGGGCAAGCAAGAACUGACCCAGAAAACGUUCUACAAUAAGCUUGAAGGCCACCCGGGGAAGAGAUUCACAACAACCGGAGAUCUUGGAAGAGUCAUUGAUCGUAAGUUGUUUAUUACAGGAAGAAUAAAAGAUCUAAUAAUUGUUGCUGGUAGAAAUAUAUACCCUGCAGAUUUAGAGAAGACCGUUGAGAAUGCUUCAGAAUUAUUGCGACCUGGUUGCUGUGCUGUCAUUGGUGUUCCAGAGGAAAUUCUAUCUGCCAAGGGGAUUUCGGUGCCAGAAGCGUCAGACCAGGUUGGUGUACUUGUUAUUGCGGAGCUUAGAGAGGGAAAAACAGUUGCCGAAGAGAUUGUUGAUAACAUUAAAACCAGGGUGGCUGAGGAGCAUGGUGUCAAUGUAGCUUCUGUUAAGCUCAUCAAGCCAAAAACCAUUUGUAAAACAUCAUCUGGGAAGAUUCAGAGAAUUGAGUGCCUAAAGCAAUUUGUAGAGGGGACGCUUAGCUUAGCGACAGAAGCUAAGUCUGCUAGAAGAAAACCUCUACUUCGAUCACUCACCACAGGCACUGCAGAUGGACAAAGACAGAGAUCAGUGUCAUUACUGGGUAAAAGCACUUCCCUUCUUCAGUCAUCUGUUGCUGGCAAAGGCAUCGAUGACAUCAUCAUUUUUCUUAAAGGAUUAGUAUCAGAGCAAACAGGGAUACACAUAGAUAAAAUAGAUGCAGUUGAUAGCCUAGUUUCUUACGGUAUUGAUUCAAUUGGAGUAGUUAGAGCAGCUCAGAAGUUGUCUGAUUUUCUUGGAAUUCCUGUUGGAGCGGUGGAUGUUUUCUCAGCAAGUUGCAUAUCAGAUUUAGCUAAAUUCUCAAUGGAUUUACUAUCAAAGUCUCGGCCUCAGUCCACCUCAAUAUCGACUUGUGUUCUUGAAAAUAACAGUGAUCUUCUCCAUAUUGGCAUGGAGGGCUCAAGAUUCGGGCAAAUUGGUAUUGCCCUUCUCCAACUUUUGGCACUUAUUUAUGUUUCUUUCUUGUUGAUUCUUCCUGCUUAUCUCUCAAGCUUAGCAUCUAAUAAUUUACUUACGCUCACCUCAUCGGAGAAAGCCGGGCCAUUUCAAUUUCUUCUUUCUUUGAUUUUGGCUCCCCUUACUUGGAUAUUCUACAUCAUCUUUACAUGCUUUUCCAUCUCAUUGUUUGGGAAUUCUUUCCUUCAACCAAAUUAUGUUCUUACCCCAGAGGUUUCAAUUUGGUCACUUGAUUUUGUGAAGUGGUGGGCUCUUAGCAAGGUUCAAGAAACUGCUGGCAAAGUUUUAGCUGUCCAUCUAAGAGGAACAGUUUUUCUUAGGUAUUGGUUUGAAAUGUUGGGCGCAAGAAUUGCAUCCUCUGUGCUAUUAGAUACUGUGGAUAUUACUGAUCCUUCUCUGGUGUCGAUUGGAGAAGGUGCUGUGAUUGCUGAAGGCGUGUUGAUUCAAAGCCAUGAAGUGAGGAAUGAAGUAUUGAGUUUCCUUCCAAUUUGGAUCGGUCGGAAUGCCUCAAUUAGUCCUUAUGCUGUGAUUCAGAAAGGUAGCAUAUUGGGAGAGGAUGCAAUUGUUCCACCCUUGCAAAAGACAGAGGGUGGUAAACCUGUACUUAAACCAGGGAAAGCCCUCGAUUCUCCAAAGGUAAAAGUCCAAGUGGUAUCCAACAAACAUCUGUCAAGAGAGUUGUUGCCAAUUUUCCACUUCUUGGGUAUUUACACUGUUGGUUUUCUAAGCUCUCUAUCUGGGGCUAUCCUUUAUCUUCUCUACAUAUCGCUCACUAAAUCUUCGCUGCGACUUGAUUAUUUUGCCUUUGUGUGCAUUGCGGGUGCUUUCCACUGGUUACCAGCUGUUAUUACUGCAUAUGCCACCUUUAUUGGCUCAAUUAAAUGUCAUCCAGUGACCUUUGCAUUCUUUGUCACCAUUGCUUAUCUUGGUCAUGGGGUUAUUCUGAGCAUCCUUUCAAGCAUUGUGAAAAUUUUGCUUGGAAAUUCAAAAACUGAGCAAACUAAUUGGACAAUAUGGCUUUCAAACCGGAUAACCAUAGCCUGCCACCAUAGAUUUGCCAAGCUACUAAGUGGAACAGAAGCAUUUUGUAUUUACCUGCGUAUGAUGGGUGCAAAGGUUGGUCAUCACUGUUCCAUCAGAGCUAUCAAUCCGGUGACAAAUCCUGAAUUGAUCUCCAUAGGUGAUGGUGUUCAUCUUGGUGAUUUUAGUAGGAUUGUCCCUGGCUCAUAUUCUUCUUGUGGUUAUGAUUGCGCUAAAAUUGAAGUGCAUGAGAACUCAGUAAUUGGAAGCCAAAGCCUUCUUCUCUCUGGCUCUAUCAUUCAAGAAGGUGUUAUUCUUGGAGCUCUUUCCAUUGCACCAAUGGAUUCAGUUCUUCAAAAGGGUGGAGUUUAUGUUGGUGCUCAAACUCCAACAAUGGUCAAGAACCAUUUGCAUGCAUUGGAUGAAAGGAUAGAAGAGAUGGACAUGAAGUAUAAAAGGAUCGUUGGCAACCUCGCCGGCAACCUAGCGAUCACCACCAUGAAGGUUAAAUCAAGGUAUUUCCAUCGCAUAGGUGUGAGUGGGAAGGGUGUCCUAAAGAUGUAUCAAGACUUGCCUAGAUUGCCUAAGCACAAGGCGUUUCAUGCAGGGAAAUCUUUUCCUGUGAUAAUUCGGCACAGUAAUAGCCUAAGUGCUGAUGAUGAUGCUAGGAUAGAUGCCCGUGGUGCUGCAAUUCGUAUUCUGUUAGAUAAAGGCAAUGAGCAGCAGACUCUCCUUGAUCUUACACUGAAGUCAGGCAAAGCAUUCUAUGCGCGGGCAAUUGAAGACUUUGCUAAUUGGUUAGUCUGUGGCCUUCCAGCAAGGGAGCAGCAGGUGAAGCGAGCUCCACACAUUCGCGAGGCUGUUUGGGGUUCUCUGAGAAACACUAACUCAUACACUGAGCUGCAUUACUACUCAAACAUCUGUAGAUUGCUCAGGUUUGAUGAUGGCCGGGAAAUGUAUGUGAAGUUUAAGAUAAGGCCAUUUGAUUCUCAUAUUGGUGAAGAUUCUGGUCAGGUGGAACCAAAAGGUAUACUCCCUCCAGAAACUGGCGCAAUUCCAAGAGAAGAGAAUGACAAGCGUCCUCUUCUCUUCCUUGCUGAUGAUUUCCAAACAAGGGUGAACUCUCCAAACCAUGUCCGAUAUAUCUUUCAACUACAACUGAGGCCAGUUCCUUCCAAUGAAGCAGAAUGUGAAGUGGCUCUAGACUGCACCAAACCAUGGGAUGAAACCAUGUUCCCUUAUUUAGACGUUGGAGAGAUCACCAUUGAUCAAAACCUCACUGCUGAAGACUCGGAGAAACUCGAAUUCAACCCAUUUUAUCGUUGUCAUGAAGUGGAUGUUAUCCGAGCAACAUCAUCCUCGCAGAGUGCAUCCCUCGAUCAUGGCCGUUCACUCAUUUAUGAGAUAUGCCAGUAUCUAAGGAAUGGCCAUCCUUUACCAGGAUCAUGGCGGAGUUUCAUCGAGCAAUCUGAUGCCAAAGUGGACCUUUCUGGUUGCCCAAUGGCAGCACCAGUUGCUGCAAAUAAUGGUGGUGUGACUCUAGCUAGACCAUGGUACAAAACACUUUGGGCUGCAUCUUUGCAACCAUUACUGCAAAUCUUCAUGCCUUACUUCACCCUAGGGCUGAUCAUCUAUGCGCCUCUCCAAUGGAUGAUGCUCCUCAAGGAAGAGAAGAAACUCAUGCUCCAUUGGCUCAUGCCAUUCUUUUAUGUCGUUUCAGGGAUCAUGGCUUCACUAUUCUGUGCUUUUGCUAAAUGGGUGUUGGUUGGCAGGAAGCUAGAAGGUGAUACGGUGAUGCUAUGGAGCUGGAGAGUGUUCAUGGAUACAGUGUGGCAAGCUUUGAGGACUGUAAUUGGGGACUACUUCAUGGAGAUGACUUGUGGCUCAUUUUUGUUUGGAGUGUGGAUGAGGCUCAUGGGUUCAAAGGUGGAACAAGGGGUGUAUGUUGACUCCAUGGCUGCUGUCUUGAACCCAGAGAUGCUGGAGAUUGAGAGAGGUGGAGCAGUUGGAAGGGAUGCAGUGCUCUUUGGGCAUAUAUAUGAAGGUGAGGGUGGGAAGGUGAAAUAUGGCAAAGUAAAGAUUUGUGAGGGUGGUUUUGUGGGAAGUAGGGCAGUGGCCAUGCCUGGAGUGGUGGUGGACAUUGGAGGCACUCUUAGUUCUCUCUCUCUUGCAAUGAAGGAUGAGAUUGUGAAGGCUAGCUGAAAUGAAGAGAGAUAUAUAAGCAUUUAUUGCAUGUAGGUUAUAAAUUGGUUCCGGUUUUAUUAAGUUAUAUUGGUUGUUCGCCUUCAAGAACAAAGUGGAAUGAUAUUGUAUAUUUCCAAAGGAUUGCAAGAGGUCAGACACUCCCUGUUGAGGUAAUUGGCCUUUUCCUUUGUCAUUCAAAUUCUUCACAUAGGUAAUUGAGAAAUGAUUUUAUUUUUUGUGCUCACAAAGUCGUUCAUAAAAUUUUGGUUUUCCAAGAAUAACAUAAAACAGCUGAGUGGAAUUUGUAUUUAAUUCGUGUUACAAUGCCUUGAGAAGCACCUAAUUUCUUAUGAUUUUACUUUAUUCUACCAAUGGUUAUCUGCUACCUUAUUGGUUUUAAAAUUUUGUUUUUAUUCUUGAACUCUUUCAAGGGCAGUCUUCCUAUUAUUCUGUAGUCUAAUGUUGUGUUUUUUUCUCUUUUCAGUUUCACUUUGAAGUGUGUAGGUUAUGUUCUUUCUUGAAUUUGUGUUCUUUUAUCGUCUUUGUUAUCAGUGUAGUGUUGCUAGAUGCUUUGUUCUUCAAAACUUUUGCAAUUCAAUUUAAUGAAAUUUGCAGACUUCUCAGGUUAGAAAUUCUGAGUGGACGCAAGAACUAAUUACCUUUGCUUGAUUUCUUGAAAGGAUAAUUUCUACUGAUUGCCUUCUCUCAAGUAUGGAUUGGUCUAUAAUAAUAUAAGAAAGGAGUGAUGGAAUGGUAAAUAUCACAGAAUUGGAAAUUUCAUUUGCUAAAGAGGAGAUCAAGAUGGGUUUUCUGCAGUUCUGUUUCCAAUUAUAUACUAGGGCGAAAUGAAUCUAAGCAAUGUAAAUGAGGUGCAGAGGAGUUAGCUGCUAAUCGUAAAAUAGAGGGACGGGAUUCUGUAAAAGUUUAGCAAAUAGUGUGAAACCAUAUAUAGAUAAAUGAUAGAGAAAAUUCAAUGUGCUUUUAUUGAAAGAUGAACAUUUUGGAUUGUGUUGUCAAAUUAUUCUUACAAAUUCUGUUCACAAAUCUGUCAUUGUUCUCGCGUUUUUCUAAUGAAAUGCAUUUCUUAUCUUCAUUUUACUGAUAU